AUGGCUGACAGUAAGACACAAGUGCUCAUUGUGGGCGCAACUGGGUACAUUGGCGGAUCAGUUCUCUCCGAGAUACUGCGAUCUCCGGAAGCUUUCCAGCUGAGCAUUUCGGCCCUCAUCCGUCGCCCAGAACAGGCGGCGAAGCUCGAGGCAUUGGGCGUGAAGCCACUGCAGUUUGAGGGACUGGAUGACUUAGAGGCCUGCAGGGAUGCAGCUGCCAAAAAUGAUGUUGUGAUCAAUGCCGCAUCUGCCUCCCAUGACAGCUCUGCCAAGGCGCUGAUCGAGGGUCUGGCUCUGAGACAGAAGGCCACAGGAAGAGGCUCGUACUUGAUCCAUACAUCGGGUACCUCCAUUCUGGGCGACCACCCUUAUACCGCCACCGCGCAGGAGAAAGUUUGGUCCGACGAGGACAAUAUCUAUGCCAUGGAAAAAUAUUACCCUGAACGUUACGGACAGCGAGUCACCGAUGUUGCCGUUGUCGAAACAGGAUUGAGUCUUGGUGUGAAGACGUAUAUCGUCGUCCCUCCUACCAUUUAUGGAAAGGGAUCCGGUCCAUUUGCGACUCUCAGUCAACAGGUCCCCAAUCUUGCACGCUUGGCCCGGAGGCGUGGGUAUGCUGCUGUGAUUGAAAGCGGCAAAGGUAUCUGGAACCAUGUCCACAUGGACGACCUCUCCGCGUUCUACCUGCUGCUCUUCCGUGCUGUCAUUCAGAAGCAGAGCUGGCUUCCUUCUGGCGCGGAGGCUAUCUUCUUUGUUGAAAGUGGCGAACAUACAUGGCUUCAGGUUAGCCAGGGUAUUGCCGAUGCCAUGCACAAGAGGGGUCUUCUGGCGACGAACGAAGUCAAAUCAAUCAGUCUCAAGGAAGCAGCUGCGGAAAUCACCAAAGGCAAUGAGAGCCUUGUGGAGAUCACCCUGGCAUCGAAUUCGCGAGCUCGGGCUGAUUUUGCUCGUAAUAGGCUGGGAUGGAGUACCGCGCGUGGGUUGGAAGAUUUCUUGAGACAUUUUGAUGGCGAGAUAGAAGCUAUGCUGGGAGAGCUUCAAGGCUAG